AUAACUAUAAUCUGCUGAACUAAAUUGCGCGGCUCAACAUCAGACGUGGCACUGUGUGAUGUCAUCAGCGCGCGGCCGCGUCCCUCUGAUCUCGCGCUUGAUUCGGAUUUAAACGUUUAAACUCGAUUUGAUCUCGAGACGAUCGCGUCAGGCAGGACAGAGUGAAGAUGAUGGAAGAGAGCGGAAUAGAAAGCACACCACCUUCCACCCCUCCACCACCUCCAACAUCCACCAUCAGUCCUCCAUCACUCCCUGCUGGGAUUACCAGCCCUCUGCCGCUCCCAACUCCCGCUGGUGUCUCCAGUUUUUCUCCAGGAAGUUUUUCCAGCCCUCUUCCUCCAGUGGCUUUGACCUCCACUCUGCCGCCCAUGAUGUCAUCUGUUCCUCCUCCUACUUUCGGCUCCGUAUCGUCUCCUCCGUACGGCAGCCCUAUGCCGCCGUUCGCCUCGCCAUCCGCUGUCCCUCCGCCCAUCUCGACGGCCAUGCCGGGCUCCGUCCUCUCCGCUCCGCCCAUAGGCCCACCGACCACCGGCUUCUCUGUGAACACAGGAUAUGACAUCACUCGUGGCCACGCUGGGCGCACUCCUCAGACGCCACUGAUGCCCAGUUUCUCCAGUGCCUCACCGAUGCCAGGCAUUAUUAGUAAUCCCAUGAUGCAGCAGCCCAUGUCUGGAGGCUUAGACGUCAGCUCUCCCAUCACAUUUCCUGAGGACAAUGAAGACCCUCGAGUGAUUUCGGACAACGCUGCUGCUGGAGGUUUAUGGGGCUUCUUCAAGGGUGUAGCUGGUAAUCCCAUGGUUAAGACUGUUCUUGAUAAAACCAAACACUCGGUGGAGUCCAUGAUAACCACACUGGAUCCAGGAAUGGCUCCUUACAUCAAGUCUGGUGGAGAUGUGGAUAUUGUGGUGACAUCAGAUAAGGAGGUGAAAGUGGGGGCGGUGCGGGACGCCUUUCAGGAAGUGUUUGGUUUGGCGAUGGUGACCGGAGAGGCCGGUCAGUCUAACAUCGCCCCACAGCCUGUAGGAUACGCUGCCGGGGUUAAGGGAGCUCAGGAGAGGAUUGACAGUCUGCGGCGUAUGGCAGUCAUUCAUGAGAAGCAGCCUGUGGUCUCAGUGGAAAACUUCAUCGCUGAACUUUUUCCAGACAAGUGGUUUGACAUCGGCUGUCUGAUCUUAGAUGACCCUGGAAAUGGAGUUCACAUUGAAACCUUCACUCAAGCAACACCUAUAGCUCUGGAUUAUGUACAGCAGGCUCAAUCCCUCACUCCUCCGGACUAUAACCUGCGCUGGUCCGGUCUGAUGGUGACGGUCGGAGAGGUUCUGGAGAGAAACGUGCCCAACGUCUCCCGCACAGAUUGGCAUCAAGCCUUCACGGGCAUGUCUCGCAGACAGAUGAUCUACUCUGCUGCUAAAGCUUUGGCUGGCAUGUACAAACAGCGACUGCCCUCCAGGACGCUGUAACUAACUUGUGUUAGGACAACAGUUUACCUGGAUUCUGGUUUCAUCCAUACACAUACACAUACAGAUACAGGCCUAAACUGACUCCACGUGACAAAAAUGAUGCUUUUAGAUGACAAACGGGAGACUUGGUUAUAUUUCUGCUCCUACUUUGAACUAAACUAGGUUACAGGGAUCAUUAAUAUCUCUCAAUCUUUUAAGUUAUUGUUUAAAUCGUAAGAGUUUUAACCUUCUACUAAGAUUAUGAUGUUUAAUUGAUAUUAAAGGUGUGCUGUAAGUGAUUUAUUUGAAACGCUGUUGAAAUCUCUACAUCUGGGUCUUUUACAAUAUGCCUUAUAGCAACCCCCCCCCCCCUUCCAGUUAUAAUCUUAAAACAUUUAUUAUUUGUUUUGUAAUAUAUCAGCCAUCUCUUAUUCUACACAUUUUAUACACUCACUAAGCUGUUUUGUGGAUUGGUAAUUUUUUUCCACAUAGUUUUUUUCUAUUUAUACAGCCAGGACACGAUCACCAUCCUCACAGGCAACACAGCGCACACAGACAUCCAGCAAAUGAUCACAAAAUUGUUGGCAAUUAAAAUCAACACCCAAACCAACAGAGUUUCUCAUAAAUCUCUUCCCACCCUUUUAAUAAUUGAAGACUUUCUUUUCUUAAGCCCAGUCUGUGUGAUAUAAAUAUAUGACAUUGAAAGCACAUCAUCAGAAAUCACACAAACUCUUUCUGGACGUCCUAAUGAAAAGAUUUUGUCAAGUCUUCUGUUAAAGAUUAAUGUGCGUCCUAAGGUUUGACUCAUUCUGUAAUAUGUUUACAUUUCAAAUGAAGAGUCAGACAACUGCAAAUCCCUUUUGUAUUUGGAGGUUUAUAAAAAUGAAGAGUUGAAAUGUAUAUGAAUUAUGACCUGGUUUCACAGGCAAGGCUUAGCUAAAGCCAGAACUAGGCUUUAGUUAAAUGAAAAUGUUUAGAAACAUAAAAGGUUUUAUUUUCAAUUGAGAUGUGUUUUAGUCUAGUCUUAAGCCUUGUCUGUGAAACCAGUGGCCGGUUGCAUAAAACUUUAAGACUAGUUUUAAAAAUUGGUCAUGAAUUUUUUUCUUCCAAGACUGAUCAUAACUGUUUUAAGUGUUACAUAGAAAGGUAGAGAUUGGUCUAAUCAAAAUAAUAAGACUAAUGAUUCUGACUAACUAGCAAUUAGUUAGGGCUAAUCAAAGACACAUUCUUAACGUCAAGGCUAUGUUUAUGCAACCGCUCACAGGGGUUUAUCUCUUGGGGUAUUGGAUCUAAUUUUAUAGUAUUUUUUGUUUUCAGACUUGAUAUCAAAUGUUUAAUGAUGAUUAUGAUUUGUUUGUAUGUUAAUUGUGGUCCAGUUACGUAAGAUCAUGUUAGUAAAACACUUAAAUGCUGCAGAUGCUGUAAGUGUUCUUAAAUAUGAUGAUGAUGAUGAUGGACGUGUCGGAGUGACACAGGACAUGACACAGACCUGAGGAUGAUCUCUGACUGAAUCCUGAUGGUCAAAGCCAAACCUGUCAUACACUCAAAGACUUGAAGAAUAUUUCCACAUUCAAGAAUGGAAGGUUCUGUCAAAUGUAACCCUAACAACUGUGAAAGAUUUCAUGGCAUUUUAUGCCCGUGCCUUUCACCAGCCGAGAAGUAAAGAUCUUUUUUUGUUA